UCAGUCCAGUUCGCGCAGCGCGUCGCGCACGUUCAGUGUUUUGUUUGGCGUCGGUGCGGUCGGUACGGGUUUUACGGGGUCGAAGCGUCGCGCUAUGAGGGAUCUGGCCACAAAAAUGGCCGAACUCAAAUUUGAAGCGCCCCUGGCGCAAUUCGAGGAGUCCGACGAAUGGGGCUCGACCGAAUUCCAAUCAGCCAUGGUCAAGAACGAGAACGAGAUCAACAACAUCAACCUGAAGAAGAACAAGGAGCUGAACGACGUCCUGAACGGCUUCAGCGAGGACAUACUGAACAACGCGGUGGACGAGACGCCGGCGAAGAACGUUACCGCCAAGGGCGCCGACACGGCCUCCAUGGCCGACAAUUUCAACGAGACGUUCUCGGGCAGUCUAGAGGAUCUGGUGAACACGUUCGAUGACAAGAUCACCAAGUGUUUCGGGAACUACGACGAGUCGGUGGAGAAGCUCGCCCCCGUUCAGGUUCGGUCGCAGGAAGAGAUCAUGAACGAGUGCCAGAUGUGGUGGACGAUUACUGGCAAUUUUGGCAACAUUCUUCCAAUCGACUGGUCCAAAUCAUACGCCAGGAAGCUACACAUAGAUGCUUUACAUUUAGAAAAGGAACCUCAAACUCCGGACGACGACCUCGACCUAAGUUCGGAGGACGAGGCGGUGGCCAGCGACUUGGACAUGCACGCCCUAAUCCUGGGUGGGCUCCAUCAAGACACGGAGCCGUUGAAAACGGCCGACGAAGUUAUCCAAGAGAUCGACGACAUGAUGCAGGAGGACUCGUGUUCCGUCGACGGAUCACCCGGUUCCAGGGACUCGGGAUUGGAGAGUAACGAGGUCAUGGAAAAGGCCAAGGAGGUCUUGAGCUCUCCUUUAUAUGAAGACAAACUUCGGGAUUUGAGUCUGUCGCAGUUGAACGAGCUGUUCUUGGAGUUGGAGGUGUUGAUUAGGGAAUUUUCUGAGACGUUAAUUUCCGAGCUGGCGUUAAGAGAUGAAUUGGAGUACGAGAAGGAACUAAAGAACACAUUCAUUUCUUUGUUAUUGGCGGUGCAAAAUAAAAGGAGACAGUAUCAUGUUGAAAAGAAGAGGAGUUCCAAACAUAGCUCAGUAAAAACUCCUAGUGGAUUAGAUCCAAAGUAUUUAACAACAGUCAUUCCAUACCAUAUAGAUAGUGGACCAGCCGAUAAUCAAACUCUCCAAGUUCUCAUUAAAAUUUUGAAAGCUAUUAAUGAGGACAGUCCGACAGUUCCAACUCUGUUAACGGACUAUAUAUUAAAAGUUAUAUGUCCAACGUAAAAUCUAGCGAAGAAUAACCAAACCAUCUAAAAAUCUAGCUUAAAUAUAUUACGUCUAAGCUUACGACAUAGCACAUUUGUUUGCAAUAUUAAUUUAUUAUUUGUUUCGUUGUUGAUAUUGUUCCUUGAUUAUUAUUUUUUGUAUUUAGCGUUGUAUAUA